CACAUAAUUUUUAGUUUAUAGGAUAUCUGGCAACUUCAUUCGUCUGCAACGUGUGUUACAUCAGAAAUCCAGUUUUGUUGAUUGUUGUUUAAAAUUCGAUCUGCGAAACCUGCAGUUGAUAGACUCGUAAAAUGACAAGUGAAAUUACGAACAAUACCGAUUUGUUAAGUUUACAAGAGCUAUAUACAUCUGAAAAAUUUGGCCAUGAUGAAAAAGGUGAUGGAUCAGAAAAUAAUCCAUUUAAAACUGUUCUUCAGGCACUAAGGUGUGCAGGAAAAGAACCAUUUCCUACCAUUUAUGUUGAUGGUAAAAGUGAUGAUAAGCAGUGGGAUAUUGUUUCUCAAUCUCAGUUAAAAAAAGUCAGAAAGAUAUGGAUUCGUGAACAUCAUAAAAAUGCAGAAAAGGCAAAAAAAGAUGCAGAAGAUAUUGAAAGAAGAGAAAAGAACUUAGAAGAAGCUAAGCAAAUAAUGAUUAAAGAAGAUAAGAAUCUACCAGAAGCAAUUCAAGUGAAAAUAAGAGAUACUGCAAAUUUUCGUAAUAAAAGGAUUAAAGUUUAUGGAUGGGUUCAUCGUUUAAGAAGACAAGGAAAAGUUUUAAUGUUUGUCACACUUCGAGAUGGCACAGGCUUCCUUCAAUGUGUUUUGUCAGAUCUUUUGUGUCAAACGUAUGAUGCAUUAUUACUUUCAACAGAAAGUUCAGUUUGCAUGUAUGGUACUUUGAAAGAAGUUCCCCCUGGAAAAAUGGUAAGUCUUUCUUACUUUUUAAGUCAUAUUUACAUGAAACAAAGCAUCUUACAAAUAUUGCAAAUUUUUAUUCUAAUUAUUCAAUAUAACAUGUUUUAAAUUGUAGUUACAAAU